AUAAUUGUACAUUGCAAUUGGCACUGACAAUAUGUUAUGAUCACUGAGGAGGGUUCAGCGAUUAGCCAAUGAGACCCCAAAUGAGAACACAUAUUACACAGGAAACUUCGGUACUGAUGUCACGUGCCAUCUUUCCUUCUUUCAUUCUCGGACAAGGCCUUUUGCUAAAAUGGCUUUUCGAGAUGCUUCAGUAGUUGUGAUAGAGACAGCAAGAACAGUUGUCAGAGCCGCCUUAGGUCUUCACGAGCUCUUGAGAACUCCUUCGGUGAUUAUUCAAGCACGCGUUGGCCUUCGAAAAAGCGCGAACACCAACGACUUCCGCACAGAAACUGGCGCAUCGACUAGUAGAGCAUCUUCUUUACCCUUGGUAGCUCCGCCGAACGCGACUGUCGGUGAUUAUCUGGUCGGUACUCAACUAGAUGACGCGCUGGCCGCUGGGCAAGAUAUAGCGAUAUCAUGGCCUUUUGCGGAUGGCGAUGUUAGAGACUGGACUCAGGCUGAAGCCAUUUGGAAAUAUGUGUUAUUCAACCAAUUGGAAAGACGACGUGCACAGAACGAAUCGCCAGUUUUGCUUUCAAUGUACCCCGGGCUUUCCCGAGAUACUUACGAGAGGACAUGCCAAGUGUUCUUUGAACGAUUCAACGUCGCUGGUUUUUCCAUCCUUGAGCGUCCAAUGGCGCAACUAUAUGCAACGACAAGCCUCAGCGGCGUGGUCGUUGACAUUGAAUAUGAUAAAACAGAUAUAACACCUAUCUACGAAGGCUUCAUUCAACGGUCCGCAUGCGACACCAUUCCUUUGGGUAUCCGAGAUUGCCAGGAAUAUCUCGUUCACAUCCUCCGACAUUCCAACCCAUCGUUGAUGAAGACUCUUUUCCCUCCAGAUUCUGAAAUCACGCCAAGUGAGGAGAUUAUCGAAGAGACGCUGCUCGCUUUCGUGAAACAAAUUUUGCAGGAAGGUCAUAUUAGAGUGCCUUCUGACGGAGAGACAGCAUUACCAGAUGAUGAAGGGGUAACGGACAUAGCCGCUAUUGUUGUCGCAGGCAAAGAAAAAGCUGUCAUCGAGUCGGGAAUGAAGAAGAAGGCCAACGCAAAGGCUUCGGCGGCUGAACAAGCCAGAGCAAGAGAGAUCGAGGCCUUAGACUUGAUAACCGUCCAGUUCCGUGACAAAUCUGUAACUUUGGGAAAAGAGAGACAUAGGCUUUGUGAACCGCUCUUUGAUCCAACCUUGCUGAAUGGAUUAGGCAAACGCAGAAGUUCAGUCUCAUUGCAGAAUGCGACAGGGCAUGCUGUGCGUCAAACGGAGCUGGAUAUGAGGCAGUAUAUCUGGCAGGGUCUAUUUGUCACAGGAGAUCUGACUCGGCAUGUCAAAGGCAUUGCAAUAGCAUUACAAUCUCGUUUGUCUCCCUUUAUUGCCCAACCAGAAUUGCAGACAGACGUACAACCUCGAUCUAUAAGAAUUCUUAGCUUGCCUGAAUAUUAUCCUGAAUACCGUGAUACAGGGGAGGGAUUUGCUGCCUUCCUUGGAUGCAGUAUUGUUGCCAAACUCACAUUCGGCGAUCCUCACGGUAAAAAUUUUGUUUCCAAGGCGGACUACAGUCAAAAAGGACCACAUUCAAUAAUUGAGAUGUCCCCCGCACUUCUGUAGCUACUAGGAUCAUAACGAGUUCAGUUGUGUAGUCUGAUGAAUCGAUUUGAAUUUUGGAUGCACAUUGGAGGUUAUGAGUAACAGAUUUCUAGGGGAUUCGA